AUGGAGAUGAUUGUGGAUGAUGAAGAGAAUAUAAAUAAUAAUAAUAAUAUAUUUAAUGAGAUUGAUGAUGAAGAUUGGAUAUUAGAAAAGCCAAUAUCGGUUUUUGCUUUGGAUCCAGCUGAUCGACGUGUUUUAAAAGUAGCUGAUCAACGUGAUGCAGUACAAAAAAAGACAUUUACAAAAUGGAUCAAUUUUCAUUUAUCCAAACGUCAAGGCUUACAUGUUGAUGAUUUAUUUCUUGAUUUAAGAGAUGGACAUAUACUCAUUUCUUUAUUAGAAAUAUUUACUAAUCAACCUCUUCCUCGUGAACGUGGUACGUCUAAAUUUCAUUCUUUACAAAAUAUUGAACAGUGUUUAAAAUGCCUCGAACAACAUCAUAAUAUUCGUUUGGUGAAUAUUCGUCCCGAGGAAUUAGUAAAUGGAAAUCCUAAAUUAACAUUAGGUCUGAUUUGGCGUAUAAUUCUUCAUUUUCAAUUUUCUGAUAUAUCUCUACCUCCGACUGAAGAAAACAUUCCAAUCAAUGCAAAACAAACAGUACCACCCACUCCAGUCACUGAACCAACUUCAUCUACUGAAGCGAAAUCCACAAAAGUAUCUUUUAAAACUGAACGAAGAUCAUCAGUUGAUCAAAUACCAUCAACCUAUCGUAACAUGUUAUUAAUAUGGGCUCGUCAACAAUGCCAAGGGUAUCCAGGAAUCUAUAUUGACGAUUUUACGCGUUCAUGGCGUAAUGGCCGUGCAUUUCUUGCUAUACUUCAUCGUCAUAAUCCACAAUUAAUCGACAUACAAGAAGCCUAUCGUAAUUCCAAUCGACAUAAUUUAGCUAGAGCUUUUGAUUUUGCACAAAAGCAUUAUAGUAUCAUGCAAUUAAUUGAUCCCGAAGAUGUUGACACUGAUGAGCCUGAUGAAAAAAGUAUUUUAUUAUAUAUCGCACAUCUAUACAAAGUUUGUUCAAGUCUACCUAUUCAUCCAUUUCAAGAAGAACACGAUCGAGUCAAUCUUGAAAGUGAACUAUCCUAUGAAUAUACAUGUUUAGCUUCUGAUCUUCUUAAAUGGAUAAAAACAAAAUUAGAUUUCUUAAAUCGUGAAAUUAAAUUUAAAACUUUAGAAGAAAUUCAAUCAUAUCAAAGUGUUUUACAAGCUAUCAGACACAAUGAAAUGAACCAAUACAAUAAAGUUUUAUGUCGAAUGAGAUCAAUUGAUGCCGAUUUCGAAACUUUACAACUAAGUGAAAUAUUACAACCUGAUAUUGACUCGAUAAAUUUAGCAUGGAAUAAAUUAGAAUUGAGCAUGGAUCGUGUUGAAAAUGAUUUGAAACAUUUUAUACAACAAUAUGAAAAAUUAAAAGAUAAUUUUAUUGGCGAAUUAGAUUCAAUAGAACGUGAUAUUACAAAUGUUGAAAAAUAUAUUCAAACAAAACCAAAACAGGUCGAAGUUGUUGAUACGAUCAAUCAAUUAAAUAAUAUACAAGUUAGAUUAGAUAAUGUAUUAAAUGAUUGUCGAACAUUAUCAUUGCCCUAUGAACAAAUAAGAAUUGCUCUUGAAAGAAUUGAUCAAUCAAAUUUACGCGUUGAUAAGCUUCAUGUACAAUUAAGUCCUCCACCACCAUCAUCCAUAAUCAUGAAAAGUUCAUCACCAACAUCAACACGAAUACUCGAUCCAUCAACGGUGACAACAAUCAGUGGUCAUCAUCAUCAUUCGUCGAAAAAGCAGGGUCGUUCAAAUCAGUCGUCGAGUUUCUUUACAAAUUCACCAACUGGUAUUGAACAACUAGAUGUUAUUGUAACAGGUGAUUAUAGACGAAGUAGUGACAAUCAACAACAACAACAACAACAACAACACACUCGAUCAAAUAUGACAGUUGUUGAUUCCGGACAUAUUAACAACGAGACAAAACCAUUUGUUCUCGUUGAUGAACUUAGUUUAAUUAAUAAAAAUCUAAAUACUCUAAGUCAAUUACUUAAACAGCGUUUGUCACGUUUAUUACAAACUGGUCUACCAACAUCACACGAUGAUCUUCUUCUACUAUAUCAAGAACACAAGUUGAAAGUAAAUAAGUCUUGA